GGACGUUUUCACAUUCUUUUCUUUUUAUCGGUUAUGUGGCUCACCCGAAACACACCCUAUAUUGAAGACGGAUUUUGGAAGUAAAAAUAUAGAUGAUAUACCUGGUAAUUGAGUUGUGAUGUUCAAGAGCAACGAAGAAGCCGAGCCUUGACAAACCAAGCACUGCGACAGGAAAAGAAGAAAGCAACGACGGCAGACGGAGAUGUAGAUGGUAGCGACGGCGGCCGAUUGUGGAAUCAGCGACUCACUGAUAGGCUGCUAGGCGAAUAAAAGGGUAAAAAAUGAAUAAAAGGGCUUAAUGGGUUCAAUACUUCAUCUGAACAUCAACAAAUGGAAACUUCUUAUUCAGUUAGUCUUUGCACAAUUACUUUAUCGGUUUAGAAAAAAAACAUAUAUUUAAUGUAUUACAACAAAAACUCGAUGCAUAUUUUCAUUUCUUCUUUCCUCCCCCAACUCCUCUUAUGUUAAAAUUAAAUUAACAUUGUAAAAAAGUUGUUUUUUGGGAAUGUAAGGGCAAAAUGGUCAUUUAUUAUGUGAUAUGACAGUUUGGUUUAUUUAGUCUUAUUAAAGGAAAGAGACCUUAUGUAUAAAACACUUUAUCCACUUUACUUGUACAUGGGUUAAUGGGAAAAGAAAAGAACAAAUUACUGAAAUAGUCCCUGUGGUUUGGCUAAAGUUGCGCGUUUGGUCCCUAUGUUUUGUUUUGCACUCGGACCAUCCCCACGUUUUCUUUUUAUUACCCGCCUGGUCCCUGGGUCCAUUAGUCGUCAAUUCCAAACGUUAAGUCCCUCACGUGCUUCGCACAUGAGGGGUAUUUUCGUCAUUUUAUAUAAAAAAUCUAUUAGAACACCCCUAAACCCCGAUAUUUUCGAAUACGCCCUUUCUUCUUCUCCUUCAUUUCGUCUUCUUUGAAGUGUCGAUCAACCCUAAUGGAAAAAACCUGCAAGUGUGGUGAAGUUGGUGUGAUACGAAGAUCGACUACCAAGAAAAUCCCUGGAAGACUUUUCUAUUGUUGUACUGGAAAGGGAGCAAAAUGUGGUUUCAUAGAUUGGGUUGAUGUGGACAACUUUAAUGGUGAAAAAACUGAAAAAAGUAUCUCCCCUGAUUUGCAGAAGUCAUUGGAUGAGCUUCAACAUGAGAAUAGGGCCUUGAGGCUGUUAUUAGUGUUCAGUUGGGUUUUUUUGUGUCAAUUUUAAUUUACAAGCUUUAAUUUAUGCUAUCAAUGUACUUAUCUUUUGUUUCAUCAAGGCAGUUUUCUAAUGGGAUGGAAUUUAGUGGUUUGUAAUGGAAUGGAAUUGAAUUGACUGUUUUAUAAUGGAAUGGAAUUGAGUGG